GCACCAUUUUGCAGAGUGCGCACAAUGAAUCAUCGCUCACGAUCAGAGUGUAUUUCUAAAGAAGAGGACAAGAUGCGGGCAGCUUUAUCUCUGCUGUUUGUGGCUCUGUGUUCAAACUGUGUCUUUACGUCCCCGCUGAAGACUGGUCAAGCUGGAGAAAACCUUGUAUCCAAGGAUGAAGUGAACAUCCUGAUGUAUGGCGUGCUGCAGUUCGGCGAAUCCCUGCACCACAUGUACCAGAGCACAGAGGCCAGACUGGCCCGCGUCAUGACAGCCGUGAGCCGAACCGAGAGCGAGGUGAAGAAACUAGGCCAUGACACAGAGGCAGCGACACAAACCAAACAACAGAUCAAAGAGAAGCUUCAGCUCAUUCAGGCUCAGAUGAAAGUGCUGCAGAUCCAGAUCCAAGAGAACAGAAGUAAAGUCACCAGGGUGGAGAUGGAAGAGGCACAACUAAAGAAAAAACUCUGCAGCAUGGAAGAAAACGUGAACAGCUCCGUCUCAGACACUAUCAAGGGAGGAGCUGAUGAAGUGGACACGAGAACAGAAACUGAAAUUGGAGAAUCAAAACCAGCAGCUGUCUCAUUUACAGAAACUGAAUAUGGUGUAACCACUAAAAUCAGUUAUGAGGAAGAAGCACAAUCCUGA